AUGCUUCGGCUGAUUGCUUUCCUGCUUUUGUUUACUACACGGGAUCCCGGCUGUUCCUGUUGCUUGGCUGGCUACGUCAAGGUGCACUCAGGCUGGUGCCUUGGAAAGGGUUUUGGUGGGGGUUUCACGGCGGGGUGCAUCCCGGCAACCUUACCUCAUCUCAGCAACCCAUUUUGGGGAACUCGUCUUCUUUAG